CAGUUCCAUUACAGAUGCUAAACAUUCAUGCUUAAAGUCCUCUUCACGUUCAUAUUUCAUAGAGUGUGUAACAAUUUGUGUGUGUUUUGUCGUUCGUUGUCGGUGUCGGUCUCUCAGCGGCAAUUCGCGGGGGUAGACAAAUGCGGUUCGAUUGGGUGGCCAUUAAACCAAGUGGGGCACUAAUGAAAUGGUAUUCGGUGCUAUGUUGCUGACGGGUAACCUCAACAGACCCAAGCAGAAGCAGCAGCAGCAGUCACAACAACAGCAGCAGCAGCAACAGCAGGAGGAAUCAUCCCAAUCUGUUUCUGCUUCCUCCUCCAGCAAAGAGCAACCACAACAGAAGCAACAGGAUCAGCCACCAGCCGCUGGAUAUUAUGCCUUGGGCAUACGCUUACCCAAGUCGCCAUCGUUCCACAGCGGCCUAGACCAGCUGGCCGACGACGAGGAGGAGGACCAACAGUCGCUGGAAUCGUCUGCGCAGGGUAGCAGUAAAUUCAAAUUCAGCAGCGUGGAGGAACUGAAGGCCAAGUUCGAGGGUCGAAAGAUGCCCCUGUCGCCGCCAGAGGCAGCCGCAGUAGUAGUAACCACCACAACAUCCUCGUCGCCAUCGUCCUCGUCCACCAGCUCCAAUUCGUCGGCAUCGGCAUUGUCCUCGCUCUCGCAGGCGGCCUCUUCCUCGUUGGCCUCGGCCGCUGCCAAUUCCUCGGCCUCGUGCUCAUCCUCAGCGGCCACCUAUGGUGGUGGAGCCAAUUCAGCAGCCGCCGCUCUGAUAGCCUCGUCGCCGUUUGGCUCACAGUCCUCCACAUCAUCGUUGUCGCUGUCCUCAAAUGCAGGGAUGUCGAAGAACACGGCACCAGCAACAGCAACAACAGCAGCGGCAGCGGCAGGAAGCACAGCCAGUGGUGGAAAUUCGCUUGUAUCCACAUUGGCGCAACACUUCUCGGCGGCCACAUCGGCUGCAGCAGCAGCUGCGGCCACAGCAGCCGCCUCAGCAGCAUCGUCCGCGUCCUCAUCAUCUGCUUCAUCAUCUGCCACCAAUAAUGCAGGCGGCUCAAUUGCGGCCAGCAAGGUUUGCAGCGCUCCGUUAUUACACACACACACACACAUCCACACAUAUUCUGCACACCCACACAGAUACAUACAGAAUCUGAUUCACAAAACAAAAAAUGUUAAAAAAAAAUCAAUCUACUCUCAUUUCAUCGCUACCUCAUCUACCUCCAAGUCACCCGUGAGUGCGGCCGCAGCCAUUAAGAACAUAUUGAAUGCCACCAAGAGUGUGGGAAAUAGUGCUGCAGCAGCAGCAGCGGCAGCAGCAUCCUCGACCCUGCCAUCGGCUGCCGCCGAAGGCCAGGAGGUGCCCUUGCCGCCAGCCGAGGAGCUGCGUCCAACGGUGGCACAGAAUCUGGUGGGAGGCAUAAGCAUCUCCCUGGGCAUUGGCCAGCGCAAUGGCAGUGGAACAGCACCAGCAACAGUGACAGCAACAGUGACAGCAACAGCGACAGCAACAACCACAUCCACAUCUGCAGUUGUUAUUCUGCCAACGACUACGCUGGGCAUACAUCAGAAUGGUGAUGUCACAGGCGGUGGCGGAAUGGCUGGAAUUAUUGGUCAUUCGUCGCAACAUCAUCAUCAUCAGGGCCUCACAUCCCCACAAACGUUGCAACAGCUGACGGGCAGUCCAGGACGUGCACGCGAUCGGAAUCUGUUUCAUUCGCCGCCCACUGCUUCGGUUGCCUUGGCACUGCCUGCACUGCGAGAGACGGCCGCCAGUGAACGGGAAGAGCUUUUCAUCCAAAAGAUACGACAAUGUUGCACGCUUUUCGAUUUCUCCGAGCCGCUGAGCGACCUCAAAUUCAAGGAGGUGAAGCGUGCGGCUCUGCACGAGAUGGUCGAUUUUCUCACAAACCAAAAUGGCAUCAUUACCGAAAUUAUCUAUCCGGAGGCGAUCAAUAUGUUUUCUGUGAAUCUAUUCCGGACGCUGCCGCCAUCAUCAAAUCCGAAUGGUGCCGAAUUUGAUCCCGAAGAGGAUGAGCCCACGCUCGAGUCGUCUUGGCCACACCUUCAAUUGGUAUACGAGCUGUUUUUGCGUUUCUUAGAGUCACCGGAUUUCCAACCAAAUAUUGCUAAGCGUUAUAUUGAUCAUCAAUUUGUAUUACAAUUAUUGGAUUUAUUCGAUUCGGAGGAUCCACGUGAACGUGAUUUCCUAAAGACUGUUUUACAUCGCAUCUAUGGAAAAUUCUUGGGUUUGAGAGCAUUUAUUAGAAAGCAGAUCAACAAUGUCUUUUACAGAUUUAUUUAUGAGACGGAACAUCAUAAUGGCAUAGCCGAAUUAUUGGAGAUAUUGGGCAGCAUUAUCAAUGGUUUUGCUCUACCGCUCAAAGAGGAGCAUAAACAAUUUUUACUUAAGGUAUUGCUGCCAUUGCACAAAGCCAAGAGCCUCUCGGUCUAUCAUCCACAGUUGACCUACUGUGUGGUGCAGUUCCUCGAGAAGGAUCCCAGUUUGUCCGAGGCGGUCAUCAAUUUGCUUAAGUUCUGGCCGAAGACGCACAGUCCCAAGGAGGUGAUGUUCUUGAAUGAGGUGGAAGAGCUGCUGGAUGUGAUCGAGCCGGCCGAGUUCCAGAAGGUGAUGGUGCCGCUGUUUCGUCAGAUAGCCAAGUGUGUCUCCUCGCCGCACUUUCAGGUGGCCGAACGGGCGUUGUAUUAUUGGAACAACGAGUACAUUAUGUCCCUAAUAGCGGACAAUUCGGCGGUUAUACUGCCAAUAAUGUUCCCAGCGUUGAAUCGCAACUCCAAGACGCACUGGAACAAGACCAUACACGGUCUCAUUUACAAUGCGCUCAAGCUGUUCAUGGAGAUGGAUCAGCGGUUGUUCGACGAGUGCAGCAAGAACUACAAGCAAGAUAAGCAGAUGGAGCGGGAGAAGCUGUCGCACCGGGAGGAGCUUUGGCAGCAGGUGGAGAGCCUGGCCAGGACCAAACCAGGGUGGUCCAGGUCGAGCUAUUUCAAUAACAGCCGCCUGCAGCAGCAGCAGCAGCAGCAGCAGCUAACCGAUAGUCAAAAUCUGUACGAUCAAUACAAUGAGAAUGAUCUAACGUACGAUCAGCUACCGCAGCAGUCGCGCCAGCCACCGCCGCCGCUACCACCACAGAAACAGUCGUCGCUGCAGGAGCCCCGAGAGAUACGCGGCGAACGGAACAAGGAGAAGCCAUUGCUGAGGCGAAAAUCCGAUCUGCCCACGGACAGCGGCACUGUGCGAGCCCUAAUCGAGCACAAGCGACAAGAUGAGUUCUUAACAACGCCGCCGCCAGACGGAAGCAAUUACUGAGAAAACAGAAACAGAUACAGAACAAACAAAUACAAAUCCCCUGGUCAAGAACACAACCAAAAUCCACCACGAACAACAAAUCUCAAAAAAACGCUGGCGUUGCACAAAGUUUUGAAGCAAAGCUUGAGGCUUUCGAGAUGAACCCAAACAAGGUCCACGAUCCACAAACACAAUACACAAACACACACACACACACACACACACACGUACAAAGGCACAAAACGAGGAAAAGAAAAGGAAAUCCUUUUUUGGGGCUUAGUGCGAGGGCGCGUGGACAAGAUUAAAUACAUAAUUUCUUUAUAUAAAUACAAUAUAAAAUACUUAUCUAUAAUGAAAAAUGCAUAGUACCAAUAAAGAUCAGACAAAUCCCAGAAUA